CAAGAAGCCACUUCUCAUCACGAACCGGGCAGGAAUGUUUUCCCAGCUGUCAAUACUUAAGUGACACGUUCCCACGUCUGUGACCAGUUCCCCAAAAAUUCUGCCAGUAAGUUUUUGAUUUGUUGAUGAGAGUGAGACUGUUGACGUUUGUUGUCUCGGCGAUCAUUGGUCGCACUCUCGAUGAAGGCAUGAGAACGCAACUGCAAAAGCAUUCCUCAAUUGUGUUGUCAACAAACUGACUCCUUCACAACUAUCAUAACUCUGACACCGACCAAUCAAGCACCCGAAGCCCAAAGUGGAUCAUUGGAAGCCAGCCAUACUCUGCAGCCAAAGACAAACAGAACAUUCAAAGCUCUUUUUAUUUCCAAGCACUCGAACUGCCAAGACAAUGACUCAUCAUCAUCACAGCGACUCGUACUACUACCAUCACACCCAAGAAGAUGGGACCUUGUCGUCUCAAUUCCAUGCCGCCAUUUUGGAUCAUGAGUUUUUGUUGCGAGCCGCGACGACGCAUGAUUGGGACACGCUGACUGCCUUUUGUCAAUUCCUGGAAGAGAUCUUUACCCUUAGUGUUCCCGACCGUGUCUUGCAAUGGCAAAAGAACCGCAUUCAGUGUGCCACGCAACAAUUGGUGGCGACCGAUCAAUGGGGCAACACGGCACUCCAUGUCGCUUGUUACAAUACACCACCCGCUCGAGCCGUACGAGCCUUAUUGACAGCUGCCAGUGCCGUUUCGCCGUCACCCUUGCAGAUUCACACGAUGCGAUCGCGAGAUCACUCGACGCCCUUGUUGGUCGCCUGUGCCACUGGUGCCUCGCUACAGGUCAUUCAAGCCUUGUUGGAUCCUCCCGCUGGAUUGGUUCCCGGCGGGGCCAUGGUCUGUCAAGCCGAUCAAACCGGUGCCACGCCCUUGACUGAAUUGGCCGUGCACUACGAAAUCCAACGCAAAUCACCCGCCCAUGUACGCCACAAUCGACCACUCGAUCAAGUCCAGCUCAUUCGAGAUUUUAGUAGUCAAAUGGCUACUGUGAAUGACGACGACGACGACAAUCACACGAGACGACGAAACAACAACACGACGUUGUUGGAUACGUUUCAAGCCAAAUUGGAACUCUUGUUCAAAGCGGCCUGGUCGGCGCAUUUCCCCAGUAUGAUGAUCAGUAUGGUACAUGGAUUGGCACACGUCGCGGCAUAUUGUCCUCCCGUUGUCACACGGCUCAUUCUACGAGGAUAUCCACACAUGAUUUCCUAUCCCAAUCGACAUGGAGUCUUGCCGCUUCAUUUGACAGUCGCCACGCGAAAACGAUUUGAUACCAAUACCAAUAAUCCAACCGUCUUUUGGACACGACAUGCCUAUUGUGUCGAACAAUUGUUGCAAGCGUAUCCACAAGCUGCACGAGAACAAUGGAAGGGACGAUCGCCCUUUGUACAAGCCAUUGCCUCGGGAUACUUUUGGAGUACUGCGACCGCUUCUUCCAAAAACAGUAAUAAAAAAAGCAAUUCCACAAACAACAACACAAAGGGUCCGUUGCAGCUCUUGUGGCAAGCAGCACCCGAAUCACUGGCAGAAAUGGACCCCGUCACGAAAUUGUGUCCCGUCCAAUUGGCAUCGGCAACUUUUGCCGCUUACUCCGUGCGCAUUUCGCCGCAAGAACAUGUUUUGCAGUUGGAUACCAUUUACAAUUUGUUGCGAGCCAAUCCACAGGUGUUGAAGGAGGAAUUUGUGUGAAAAUAAAUGAAUGCGUCAUCGACAAUCACAUAAUCAUUGGAGUAGACCUUGCCCACAGGGAAAGGAUGGUUCUUUCAUAACAACGUGCAUCGACGAUCCACCAUCCGCUCGACGUUCAUUCAGACACCCAAUAUGACUCACUCUAGCACAACAACUCGCAGCUAGCUUGUAAGCAACAAACUGAAUCACAA